CUUCGACAGACCUCUUUUCAGCUUUAGGGUACUACAAGAAAGACCACCGUGAUGUCAACGAGGAAUACGGUCACAAUUAUUUUCAGACAUGUAUUAGCCCCGCAAUUCCUGCGGGAAUUGGUAGUCUUUCAUUAGGGUACAUUUACAAAAAAUAGAUUUAAAAAAAAACUUAUUUAAAAAAAAAAGGAAGGAAUCUCCAUAAGAAGUUAAAAGCAUUGACAGAUUUAUAAUUUUUAUUGAAAUAAGGCAAGAAAACUAUAAUGUUCUUUAAAUAUUAUGCAUUAACUUGUUCGCAAAUUGUCAAUUAAACUUUAAUUUUUAUGUGUAGCAGUUUGCACUCUGUACAUGCUCAAGCUGAAACAACUAGCAAUUCGUCUGUGACAGGACUAAUUUUUGCCAUAGGCCGUCUCGGAGCAAAUUAUUCCAGGAGAUGCGUACAUUAUUUGGUAGAAGCAUAUAAAAGUCCAUUUGGGCAAACAUCUUCCAUAUCUCUAACCGGAAAGGAAGUUAAGCUUACAACUGUUCUAUGGAUUAGUGGUGGGGUAUUCAUGGCCUUGAUUCUUGGUCUUGCAAUUUGCUGCACGAGAGGAAAGUGUCAGAAAAAUACCCAGGAACGAUCACCUUUAUCAAUACCACACUCUUACCCAGCAUUCCCUGUCGCAGAGACACCACCACGACCGGAAGCACGCGUACGUCCUUUUAAUAACCAAGGCUCGGUAUCUAGCAGGGAAGAGUCCCGACCACUCCUUUCUCCUAAUAACAGCCCUACAUCCUAUUCAGCUGUUGAAAAUCCAUCUGGUAGAUCAGACCAUUUUGUAGAACGACUUGCAGGUCAGAAUCACUCGCAUCCAAUCAACGUGCAAGGUUACAACGAGUACUUACGAACGGCUCCAACGCUUGACCCUAAUAGCAUCACAGAAGACCGAUCGCAAUGGGAAGACCUUGAAGAAAUUGGAGAUCUUAAUAUUCCUGUCGAUGACCAGUUUCAGACUGGAUACAGUUCUCUCUCAAAUGAACAGAUAGAUUAUGCAACUUCAACAUAAAACUAGAGGUACUGUGAGCAAUGAGCUCACUAAAUGAUACCCCCCGCCUCCCAUAUGAAUAAAAUGGCAGUGUCCAUGUUUUGCUCUGGAAAAUCCAAAAUAUAUGUCAGAUCAAAAAGUAAAAUAGGAGGUGCACAAUGGCAAUAUGUAAUAAAGAUUCUGUGAAAGUUUCAU